GCUCCAGAACUCUUUGAGAAUAAAUCCUACUCAGUUACAGUUGAUUACUGGAGCUUUGGAACGAUGGUGUUUGAAUGCAUUGCAGGAUUUAGACCUUUCUUACAUAAUCUACAGCCGUUUACCUGGCAUGAAAAAAUCAAGAAGAAGGAUCCAAAGCACAUCUUUGCUUCUGAAGAGAUGAAUGGGGAGGUUCACUUUAGUACCCAUCUGCCACAGCCUCACAGCCUCUGUGGUUUAAUUGUAGAACCAAUGGAAAAUUGGUUGCAACUGAUGCUGAACUGGGAUCCACAGCAGAGGGGUGGAGGUUUAGAUCCUGAGACCAGUCGUCCAAAGUGUUUCCUAAUAAUGGAUCACAUACUGAAUUUGAAGAUAGUACACAUCCUAAAUAUGACCUCUGCCAAGAUUGUUUCAUUUCUCUUGCAUCCCGAAGAAAGCCUUCAUUCCCUUCAGAUUCGGAUUGAAUUUGAAACGGGAAUAAGUACUGGAAAUCAGGAACUGCUUUUGGAAACAGGGAUUUGCCUGGACCCUCGGAAACCUGCUUCCCAGUGUGUUAUUGAUGGCGUAAGAGGCUGGGAUAGCUACAUGGUCUAUUUGUUUGAUAAAAGCAAAACUGUUUAUGAUGGACCCUUUGCUUCUCGGAGUCUGUCUGAUUGUGUGAAUUACAUUGUACAGGAUAGUAAAAUACAACUGCCAGUUCCUCAGCUGCGCAAGGUAUGGGCAGAAGCAGUUCACUACGUGAUUGGGCUAAAAGAAGAUUAUAGCAGGCUUUUCCAGGGCCAGAGAGCUGCCAUGCUUAGUCUUCUUCGGUAUAAUGCCAACCUAAUCAAAAUGAAAAACAAUAUGGUGUCAGCAUCUCAGCAACUGAAAGCAAAGCUGGAAUUCUUUCAUCAAAGCAUUCGCCUUGAUCUGGAGAGAUACAGUGACCAGAUGACUUACGGCAUAUCUUCAGAAAAGAUGCUCAAAGCCUGGAAGGAGAUGGAAGAAAAGGCCUCUCAGUGUGCACAGGUAGGGGAUAUUAAAGAACCUUCAUUAUCUCUCUGUGAAGGAGAUCACAAUUGGACCUUA